AUGCACCGACGAGGCGCUAUCGAUUUACGCGCGCUCCAAGUGGACGCGCAUGUGGUCGCAAGCGGCCACAACAAUAUUACUGCACCUGAAAAGCAAAAGUCACUCAAUGGUCAACCGCAAGACUCAGAACGUGAUGAUCAAAAGGCCUCAAAUGAUUUGGAGAUACUAGAUGAAAAUAAACUUGCUCAGCUUCUAGUUAGAGCACUUUUCCCAUCUUUCGCCAAGGAAAUUCGACUACAAGCGCUGAUUGCUUAUCAAAUUGAUGGGGAAAACUAUCGCAGCCUUAUUGUGAACAGAUGCUUCAAACGAGUAGUAGGGGAUGAAGCAGACACUAAGAUCACCGCGAUCUCUCCAGAAUCAGUUGCUGCCUCACCUCUAAAUGACUCAGGCGUUGAAUGUGGAGAUCCUCCCGUUAGUGUCGAAACAGAGGGACCUGUAACACAGCCAACCUCGAGGAGGAAAAGGAAGUUCUGCAGACCUUGCAAGAUUCCACAAAGCCCGCCAGCUGUCCUCGAAGAACCCCCGCCUUGCAAGGUACCCGAAGUGGAGCCGCAUUUAAGUGGCCAAACUUCAGAUGUCAGUGACACCAUUGCACCAACUCUGAUGAAUGCCCUUGCUAGUGCAGCACAACUGGAACCCAAGCAUCAGGUUCCAAUCCUUCCCAACCUCACUUCCACUCCCCCGACAGCCAGCAAGCUUGUCCUCCCCCUUACCACGACACCAAAGGUGAGCGGCAGCGCUCCCCGACCAAUUCUUCCACGUCCGAUGAUCACUAAUACUAUCAAUGCACCGGUGACAUCAAUACAGUCUCUGGCUAGUCUACCAGAUCCCCUAAAUGAACCCGUUGACCCUUCCGAGACAGAUGAUAUUCUCGCAUCCACACGUCGUUAUGGCAAGUCUUUUGUCUGCAAUCAAUGUAAACUCGCCUUCCUCUCGCUAAACUCGCUAUGCGAACACACCUACUCGCAGCACAAGGCCUUUCGAUGCAACUUCUGCGGGGCGCAGUUCACUCAGCGAUCAAACCUGCAGAGACAUUCCCUGCGGCACGUGGGGUUCAAGCCCUUCGUGUGUGGAGUCUGUCAGAAGGAGUACUACCGGAAAGACCACCUUGUACGGCACAUUGAGGUCACGCAUCCAGGCACGGACUCUAAGAAAAACAUAAUUGUCAAGCUCACCUCUGCUGAGUGUCUGGAUUAUCUGGAUGCCAUUACACAGCAACAUACCCAGCUGCAGCUUCAAAAUGUUCAUACGAAGCCAGCAAAGCAAGAGGAAUCAAUUACACCAAUAGCCACACCUGUGGCAGCAGUUGUAGACACAAAUCUCCCUGUGGAAACAGCCAGCAUGAAGGCCGCAUAA